AUGAGAGAAGGCGCGGCCAAAACCCCGACGGUUACCACUACCCAAGUUAGCGAGCCAUUAGAGCCGCCUCCAGCUCCAAGAGCAACCGUUGUGACAGCUCCUAGCGUUGAAACCACAUCCAAAUCCUCGCCAACAUCAGAGGCAAAUUCAAAAGCUCCGUCGCGCAGAGUCUUGCGACUGAAGUGUCCCGUCUGUUCUGACUAUCCCGAUGGCUUCCGCAGUGAGCAUGAGCUACGACGUCAUACCAACCGCGUGCAUAAGAAGACGCGGAAGGUAUGGGUGACCAUCGACACUUCGCCAGACAAGUCGUUCCUUGCCAACUGCAAAGCAUGCCAGACUGGGAAGAGGUACAACGAAUGCUACAAUGCUGCAAGUCAUCUCCGCCGCAUGCAUUUCCAUCCCCACAAACGCGGCGAGAGAAAGAUGACUGCUGCAGAAGCUCGGCGCGGCGGCAAACCAGGUGACUUGGAUCCUCCCAUGGAUGUGCUAAAAGCCAACUGGCUACGAGAGGUCGACGAGACCCUGGGGGACGACAACGACUCGGGAGAGGCGGACGUAGCAAGCUCGUCCCUAUCUCCACCUCGAACAGUGCCACCGCAGUUGCAGCAGCCGACUGCCUCGAUCAAAACCGAAGGGAAAGCACCGCCGACACCGACUACGCCGUCUACCCGUUCGAUGGCCAUAGACAGCAUUGUGGACAAAAUGGACGCGUCCUGA